UCCAGACCUUGGGGAGCGACGAUCGGCUGUCUAUCGCCAUUCUUGUCUUCUCUAAUCUGGACAAUUCUCCUGCAAGUCACAUGUUUCCUCUUCCGGCCAUCCGCUCGAGCUUCGUAAUACAUACUUCCUGCGUCUCCGGCUGAUAAUAACGAGCUCUGCUUCAACCAUCCUCGCACCACCUGUCGUCCGCCAGCUGCAGCAUUGUGGAAGAUGUCAUGGGCCGCCAUCGGGCUUGAAUAAGAAAGAAAAAGGGACGAAAAAAAAGACAGCAAAAAGGCACCUGACAAUGACUAAAAAAUACUCCUUCAGCGCACGCUCGCGUCGAAGCUCAACGGGAACGUCGGUAACGGCGGCGACGACAGCGACGACGGUGACGGCAACAGAGGAUCCAAAUCUGACUCCUCAGGACAGCAGAAGCAUACACAGAAGCGGCAGCUUCCGGUCAUUUCUCUCCCACGCCCUCCGUCCCAAGAGGUCCCGCAAAGUCCUCCGGAAGAGCACCAAGCUCGAAGAUGAGCCUCCUUCACCACCCCCUCUUGCGCCCCUGCAAGCCCAUCGGGAGAAAUACCGGCAGCUGGCAGGGAAGAUUGACCCGCAGCUGGGUGAAAACCUCGAUUACACAACCGUGAUCCACGCACUGGGUCUCAAUGAACACCCCGAAAACCAGUUCGGGGACGAUGGCGAGUUCGACGAGAAUAGGCCACCCGGGGAACCCGACAUCGCCAGUCUCUCCCCAGAGCUUUGGGCAGAGGUGGCCGAAUAUCUCAAUCCCGCUGAAGUGGCAAGUCUGGCUUUUGCCAGCAAGACACUGCACGACCGACUCGGGGAUGGCCCAUGGAGGGCGUUGGAUCUACCAGAGAACAGGGAAUAUAAGAUUAAAUUCUUAGUAGGGUUGGAUAGGUUCCUGCCAGGACACCUUCUCUGCUUUCCUUGCGUCAAAUACCACGUCCGGACGAAGGUGGGCCGCGAACGACUGAAGCCGGCACACGUUGUGAAUCCCCUCUUCGAGUGUCCCAAUGCCCGGAAUACCUUGCUUCGGCCCCCUCGACACCGCAUUGCCCCCGGCCGCACGCUACCGUUUGCCUUCGUACAGCUUGUGCUGCGCGCAUGGCGAUACAACAUAGCGUACGGUAUCACACCAGACUCCUUGAACCGGCGAUGGCAGCGUGGUAGUUGGACGCACAGCACCCGGUUCGUCAUUGACAAGGGCCAUUUGUUAAUGCGGGUAAGCAGCUCAGCAUUCGCCGAUCCCGGUAUGCCUCCCAGUAUGAAGCGGUUACUGUUGUUCAACCGUGACGACUACUGGCCGUAUUUCUCAGUCUGCGAUCACUGGCGCGAUGGUGAGCUCAUGAACAUCUGCAAGUGUGCACUAGACCACAUCCCCGUACCCCGGGAUACAGCUGGCUUGCAGGGCGCGGAGCACAAAGUAAAGGACGCCUUGAAGGGACGGAUAUACGACCCUAACGCCGUCGCUAGUCUCUGCGGCAAGUGUCGUCCCAUGCGUCGCUGUCCUGAAUGUCCAACCGAGUACCUAGUCGAGGUCAGGCUAACUGAGGACAAGUCUUGCCAUGACCCCAAGGGGGUCCAUUUCCGCCAGGCUAUCGUUGUGACCCGCUGGAGUGAUCUUGGCGAUGGCAAGUCACCCCUGCAACCCGAGUGGGCUUCCAUUAAUGGUCAGUAUUCCGGAUACGAUUCGUUUGCCGUAUUAGGCAAGAGAUCGAUCUCAGGCAUCUUCGAGUCGGCAGUUACAUACGACACUAUUCCGGGACAAAGGAUCAUCUCGUUGAAUCCGAAAAACAAGAAGGCAGACGUGAAUGGCGACAGCUGGUACUAGGUGGUGAUUUUUUCAGUUUCAGAUUGUACACUCCAACUAGGCUUAGAUUGGAGUAUUAAACGUUGUUAGAUCAAUGUCGGAUCAAUGUACUUGGAGAUGGAAGGUUUGAAAUUUUCUUUCAUUUUUUUUUAGCUUGGUUGUAUUUAUUUGAUAACUUAAUAAACUGGCGCUAAUUUUAAACUGUUACUAUGUACAUGUUUGCUGACGCGUUCUCAUAUUAUGUUUUGGGCUGUCCGCUAUCACGCAUAAGACAGCUGAGUCCGUUCCCAAGUCAUGAUUCAUCAUUUUCGUAGAUCUUCGUGGGCCACCUUUCCUCCAUAGCAGCUGUGUGCCUUAUACAGAGUAUAGGCGCUCAUCAAGAUAAAAGGUUGUCAUCAGCUAGCAAGAAUAAUGCGUGGUCCUUGCUUUACGGAUAACAGGUGCAGGUGCACCAUAGUCUUCGUCUUCCUGGAUAGGGGAAGAAUCCUUCGUCGAGGGGGCUUCAAAUUGGCGCGGUCGACGAAAAAAAGGCAGUAACCAGCGUCGCCGUGGCCGUUCAGUGCCUGGAGUAUUUUC